CGGCGGUAGGUUAUAUAAAGGGGAGGCGGCGCCAUCGGCCGGACGCGUGCGUUCUGUCGGAGGGUCUGGUCUAAUCUUGGACAGGGUAGAAUCAACAACUAUGCCAACCACAAAAGACGCUGCGCACGAAAUGGGCACCGCCUUUGUUCAGCGCCAGCAGCUGAGUGCUGCCAUGGCUGACACUUUCCUGGAGCACCUUUGUCUGCUAGAUAUUGACUCCGAAACAACAAUUGCAAGGAACACUGGCAUUGUCUGUACCAUUGGGCCUGCUUCCAGAUCUGUGGAAAUGCUGAAGGAAAUGAUCAAAGCUGGGAUGAAUGUGGCACGGAUGAAUUUCUCACAUGGGACACAUGAGUACCAUGAAGAGACCAUCAAGAAUGUCCGUGAGGCUACAGAGAGUUUUGCUGGGAAUCCCAUCAGCUAUAGACCAGUUGCUGUUGCUCUGGACACAAAGGGACCUGAAAUCCGCACUGGACUUAUUAAGGGAAGUGGCACUGCUGAGGUUGAGCUGAAGAAAGGAGCAAAACUUAAAAUCACGUUGGAUGAUGCAUAUAAAGAGAAGUGCGACGAAAAUAUACUGUGGUUAGAUUACAAGAAUCUGACUAAAGUCGUUGACAAAGAUAGCAGAAUCUACGUGGAUGAUGGUUUGAUUUCUCUUCGUGUGCUGGAAAAAGGUGCGGACUAUUGUGACACUGAGAUUGAGAACGGAGGUUUCCUGGGUAGUAAGAAAGGUGUAAACCUGCCUGGAGCAGCUGUUGACCUUCCAGCAGUCUCAGAGAAAGAUAUCGCUGAUUUGAAAUUUGGCGUGGAGCAGGGUGUAGACAUGGUGUUUGCCUCAUUCAUACGCAAGGCUGCUGAUGUCCAUGCUGUUCGAGAAGUGCUCGGUGAAAAAGGAAAACGCAUCAAAAUUAUUAGCAAAAUUGAGAACCACGAGGGAGUUCGUCGAUUUGAUGAGGUUCUGGAGGCUAGUGAUGGCAUUAUGGUUGCUCGUGGUGACCUGGGUAUUGAAAUUCCUGGUGAGAAAGUUUUCCUUGCUCAGAAGAUGAUGAUUGGGCGCUGCAACAGGGCUGGCAAACCUGUCAUCUGUGCUACUCAGAUGUUGGAAAGCAUGAUCAAGAAACCCAGACCCACUCGAGCUGAAGGCAGUGAUGUAGCUAAUGCUGUAUUAGAUGGUGCGGACUGUAUCAUGUUGUCUGGAGAGACUGCUAAAGGAGACUACCCUCUUGAGGCUGUAAAAAUGCAGCAUCUGAUUGCUCGUGAGGCUGAGGCUGCCAUGUACCACAGGCAGCUAUUUGAAGAGCUGCGUCGCCUAGCACCCCUCUCCCGAGAUCCAUCAGAAGUAGCAGCCAUUGGUGCCGUGGAGGCCUCUUUCAAGUGCUGUGCUGCAGCUGUGAUAGUGCUGACUAAGUCUGGAAGGUCUGCACACCUGGUAUCCAGAUACCGUCCACGAGCUCCAAUCAUUGCUGUAACUCGUGAACCUCAGACUGCACGUCAGGCUCAUCUUUACCGUGGUAUCUUCCCUGUCCUCUUCAAACCACCAGCUGAUGCAGUGUGGUCUGAUGAUGUUGACCACCGGGUGAAUUUUGCCAUGGAAGUUGGCAAGACUCGUGGUUUCUUUAAGUCGUGUGACCUGGUGAUUGUGCUGACAGGCUGGCGUCCAGGGUCUGGUUCCACUAACACCAUGCGGGUGCUGCAAGUGCCCUGAACUGUUAGGAGCACCUUCUGUCCACUGCAGUACCACCACCUCCCUUUUAGGCAGCUGUAGCUUUGUGUACUGCAGAGCGGCUGCUAACAUUUUCAGCACCUCCACUUCAGCAAAUAAAGGAAUGCAGCGUUCUCGGUCGUAAUAUAAUCACUCCUUAUCACAUUGCUCUGUACUGAACUUCGACUUUCUGAUGUAAGACUAUUAUAAAUGUUUCAGUCAGUGUGUAGUAUAUUGUACUAAGUGCAUCAUACCUUCACAAACCUUUAUUUAUACUUCUGUGGUUGAGACCGACAGUAAAAGAAACAGUGCCCAAUAAUGCGCCCUGGUAUUAAUCAGGUAUGGUCUUGGUUAAAUUAGAUGUGCAUUAUUCAGAUACUGUGCAAUUCUUCUGUUGAAGUUUGAGAUUAGACCAGAUGUUUCACUUGGUACAACAUGCUUUUGUGAUUGUAGGAGAAAUGCAGUUUAAUUGCACAUUUUGUGGAUACCAAUAAAAGCUAGCUCCCAAAA